AUGAAAACUAGCAACUUGAUUGUCAGUGGAGUAAGGCAAGGAAAAAAUCGAACAGAGACGGCACAAGCCAUUGGCCGAUUGAGCAAGUUUGGGGACGAACGAAGAAGGCUUCUCUCAAUUGUGGCAUGUGACUUCUCAAUGUCAGAACUCCAGGAAUAUUUCCCCUGUUCAAAGAGUACAAUCACUGCAGCGCGAGUUCAUGCCAUCUUGUUUGGGAGAGGUGGUGUCCCCCGUGAUGGCUUGUCAUUUACCAGGCAGGCAGUGAGCCCUGAGAUCAUUCAAGAAUUCCAAAACUUUAUCACUCAAGAUGACAUCUCAAGGCCAUCUUCAUGUCGAAGCGUGCUUGUGGAUGCAAAAGAAACGGGAGUAAGAUAUUGGCUUUGUGAUAUAAAGGAAGUUAUUCAGCAGUACCAGCUCAAAUUUCCUGGUGGUCUGAAGAGAACCUACAUUUAUUCUCACUUGCCCAAAAACUUUCGUAUGAACUCAAUGUUGGCAGGUCUUUGCAACCUUUGCGAUGACUUUGGACAUUCAAACUUUGAUGCGUUGGAAUUGCUAUUAGGCAAUAUCAGAGAAGAGGGUGUUAUAAGUGUCAGUACCCGUUCCAAUUUCACAGGCAUGUCCAGACAGUAUCAGAAGUUUCUAAAGGUGCAGUUCCCCAAAGAGGUAAGAAAUAGAGCAAAUUAUAUUUUAUUACAUGCAGAUUUUACCUUUGUAUUGCUGACCGAAAAAGUCUUCAUAAUUGUGGAUCAAGCAAUAAAAUAACAAAGGUUGGGUAUGCCAAGGUGCUAGAAACCAUACUUUAAGAACAUAAAACGGUUGUGUCAAUACUUGAAGAGAAUCUAAUAGGAUUCGAAAUAACUGUUUAUAGGCAUUUAUUUGUUUGACACCUGUGUGUUUAGAACAUUUUGUUGAAAGUGCACAUCAAAAAGCUAGUUCUGAGACACUAUAUUUUCAUAAACUGUAGAGAGGUUAGGAAUGACAUUUAUAGCAAAUGGUAAUAAUAAUAAUAACAAUAAUAACAUAAUUUAUAUAGCGCUAACUCCACUAAUUGACCAAAGCGCUUUACAAUUCAUAACAUUAAAAUAAUUAAAAAGAUCCCACUGGUAAUAAAAUAUGAAUAAAUUAAAAACCUAUAAGAUCUAAUGGCAGCUCGUUCCAGAGUUUAGGUGCAGCAACGGAGAAGGCCCUGUCUCCGUAUGUUUUAAGUCUUGACUUCGGAACUGCCAGAAGUUUAGCAUGAAUUUGCACCACAUGACCUUUGCCUGUCAUUUACUUCUACAAAACAUAAGUAUUUUUAUGUCAUUUUUAUUUAUAUGAAUUGUUUUUAGCUGAUUUUAUAUGCUUAUUUUCUAUUUUGAGGCAUUCUCAACUUGAAAGUGAUGUUUGUCGUCUACUGUAAACAUGACUAGUAAUCUCUCCAAUAUCUUCAAGGUGUUUCUGAUUCACCUAUCUUUGAGAAAGAGAAGUGUUUUCUAAUGUUUGGCCACUUUUGUUCUUUUUUUUUUAUUUAGGUUUUAGUUGGAGAGGCAUUCAGCUUGUGCCGAGCUUUGUUUGGAUUAUGCCCUUGGCCAAUGCUCAGCAGAACAUAUGCAUCGUUCUUCAAAUGUGGAUGACUUUCACAAGUCAAGGAAAGAAAUAAAAGAUGCUCUGAAUGGAAUUAAUGAUGCAGCUAAGAAGGCUUCAUUCACCAAGUCCUGGGAACAGAUUGAGUUGAACCACAAGGAGUACCUUGCACACAUUGUUCGCACCAAACAUCAGGGGGACUACUAUCGGUAUGUCCUUUCAAACCUUCAGCCUGGAGAGGUAGUUGUAAUCAUCGAUUACAAAAUGAAAGUUGAGCUUGGU